GGUCUCUGUAUCCGUGUGGCUUAUUGAGACCAUCAAAGCUGAGGACACCGAUCAUGACUUUAUCGACAGGUGACCCCACGGGCGCAGAGAAAGCCAAAGAUGCCAAGACCUUGGAGACCAUAGCGAACAAUGAGCUUGGCAAAGUUGAUGUGGCCUAUGGAGAGGUCAGCGAAGCAGAUGAUGCAGAGAGAUUUCUGAGGGACAACAACAUCAGCAACGGAUAUGUUCAGGAAUUGCUCAAUGACAAGGUGGAAGUACGGCGUCUCAUCCGCAAGGUCGACCUCACAAUUUUGCCUUUACUCGCUGGGACGUAUGUUCUACAGUACAUUGAUAAGCAAGCGCUGUCGUAUGCUGCUGUGUUUGAUUUGUUCAGCGAUACCGGUAUAAGCCAGGACCAGUACAGCUGGUUCGCAAGUAUGUUCUACCUCGCUUACCUGGUGGCCGAAUACCCCUGGAGUUUUCUGGCACAGCGUACACGGAUGGCCAAGGUGGUUUCUGGCUGUGUUAUUUCAUGGGGUGGUGUACUCAUGGCCACUGCGGCCUGCAAGGAUUUCAGCAGUAUUGCGGCCUGUCGCUUCCUUCUAGGUGUCUUUGAGGCACCUAUUACUCCAUGCUUCAUGAUGAUCGUCAGUAUGUGGUAUACGCGCGAGCAGCAACCGUUCCGUGCAGGUGUAUUCUACAGCUGCAACGGAGUUGGCUCCAUGGUUGGUGGUCUCCUUGCCUAUGGCAUUGGACAAAUCCAGUCAUUUCCAACAUGGAAAGCAAUAUUUUUGCUUUGUGGAGGCAUCACUGUGCUGUGGGGAUUCUUACUGCUUGUGUUGCUGCCCGAUGAUGUUGUCACGGCGAAACGCUUCAAUACACAGGAGAAGGCUCUCUUGAUCGGACGCGGAAGACUGGGUCGAACGGGAAUUCUCAGCCAUUCAAUCAAGUGGUAUCAAGUCAGAGAAGCUUUGUUAGACCCGCAGGUGUGGUUGUUAACAGCGUUUACACUUCUAAAUGAGUGUAUUAAUGGCGGUAUAGCCAACUUCGGCAAACUCAUUAUCAAGGGAAUUGUGAAGGACUCACUGCGAACCACAUUAUAUGGAAUCCCACAAGGAGCGUUUCAGGUCUUUUGGAUUCUGACUGGUACUUACCUCGCUUCGCGAUACCGCAACUAUCGUACAUAUGUGAUGAUGGCUUAUAUGGUUCCCACCGUUAUAGGAACUAUUCUUAUGUGGAAGCUUGACCGCCAGUCAUACAAAAUUGGCGUCCUUAUUGGGUACUACAUCUGUGGAAGUUACGUUUCUUCGCUUGUUAUCGCUCUGCAGAUGCCGGCAGCAAACCUAGGCGGAUACACUAAGCGCGUAACGGGUACAGCCAUUGUGUUUGCAGCCUACUGUGCGGGCAACAUCAUUGGACCGCAUGCAUUCCUCGAGGAAGAAGCCCCAAUAUAUCAGACAGGUUGCCAGCUUGUCAUAGGAUGUGCCGUUGGUCAAAUCAUCAUAUCUUUCGGCUUGCGAAUGUUGUUGACAUGGCGAAACAAGAAGAGAGACGAGGCAAUGGUAUCAGGUGCUGUCUCGGGUGACAGUAUUGGAGAGAUAUCAGCUGACCUGACCGAUUUUGAGCUUAGUAUUGGGCCUCUUGGUCACCAGGUCCAGCAGUUCUAG